AUGAUCGAGGCUGGUCAGCACCUGUGGAAAGCAAGUCAGGAUAUCGACAGCCUGCCAAAGGCAAUCAGUAUCAUCAACGAGGCGAUCCCGAUCUUCCAGGUCAUGGCGCAUUCGAUAUGCGACAGCGCAAAAGUGGUUACGAGCUUCGGCAAUAUCGCCACGGCGCUGGGCACCGUCGGAAACCUGGUCGUCACGUACCAAGGCGUCAAGGCGCUCCAGCUGAUCGCGUCGCAUCUCAAGGACAUCAACGACACGCUCCAGGCGCAGACGGCGCUGAUGUCGAUCGAGAAGUUUCCCCAGGCGGUCUACGACCUGAUCGAGGAGGCCCUGCACAACUACCAGGAUACGGAUGAAAUCUCCAACUGGUUCUUCGUCUACCACCCCGACACUAUCUGGACCCCCGGCUUUCACCGGCUGGUCAUGAACCGAGGUCUUCAUCGUCGCUUCUGCGGCCACAGCAGCCAGCUCGACGCCGCAGUGGUAUUUAUGCUCGCUGCUCGGGAGUUUGCUGACCGGGCCGCUCGCCAUGCGGAUAAGCGAGGGAAGCAGAACCGCCGGAUCAGACUCCAUUUGUUGAUACCGGCCUACCAACCCGUUCUCAUCAAAGACCCAGUCAGAUUUCCAGAGACGUUGGGCGAGUUUGUGGUGCACGGGAAAAUCCACAACAGCACGCCGCUCGUCUGGAUCAACGUCGAUGCAGACCAAGAGCACUGCUUGAGCGGAGUCGGCAGGUGGCAGCCCCCAAGCCUCAAGUGGUUCGAGUCCAUGUUCAACCAACCCGCCGCGCCUAAAACGAGGGAGCUCGGAAGGCCGCUCCUGGAAGAGUGA